UGCACUUGUCAUUACCUAAGAAGUACACGGUCGUGUCGCUGUUUGACAAAUGCACUGCUCUCACCGCGGCCCCCCCUUCACUCUCUAGGCUGCUGUUCUACUGGAUUUUAACGCUAUUUCUGCUCUCUGGUCUUUAUCUUUAUAGUUACAAGAAGGUUUGAAGAAGGUCUUAAAAACCUUCUUGCUUUCUUCAGCGUGCGCUCGAGUUUGCCGUAGGCCAGGAUGGCUGCCCGUCUUCUCCGAUCCAUGGCCCCGCACACAUCCAUGGCCCUGCUCCAAUGCAUUCAUUCCCAUAAGUCCGCAAGACCUCUCCUAGCACUGAUUCCACCCACUACACUAGGAACGUGCCGAAGAAAGAAGACAUGGCCCAAGACGUUCCCCGAGGAGGAGCUGAGGAAGCGACUGACCCCAAUGCAGUACCAUGUUACUCAGGAAAAGGGCACAGAGAGUGCUUUCACGGGAAAAUAUACAGAUAAUAAAGAGGAAGGAACCUACCAAUGUGUCAUUUGCGGUGCCCCUCUUUUCACGUCUGAUAAGAAGUUUGACUCUGGAUCAGGAUGGCCGUCCUUUUUUGAUUUGAUCAAUAAGGACUCUAUAACACUAACUGAUGACUUUUCGUACGGGAUGCACAGAGUGGAGACAACCUGCAGUCAGUGUGGUGCUCACCUGGGCCACUUUUUUGAUGAUGGACCUCGACCGACAAAGAAACGCUACUGCAUAAACUCUGCUUCUCUCAAUUUCCGGGCAAAAAACAGUCCUUCUGAGGAGGUGGAAGCAUCCGGAGGAGCAGGUCAAUCAGCACCUUCUAGUAAGAAUGAAGAACUUUAAUAGGACUUGAAAUAGACCAAUCAGAUGUCACGCUACUCCAAAGUCACUCCUGAACUAUCAAUUCCAAAUCAAGUGAGCCGUGCAAUCAGACAAAUAUAUGCUUAGCAACAUUCGUCUGAAUGAUGGGUCCUUCAGGAUCACAAUAUGCAAAAUCAAUGUCCAGAUAACAGAUUAGAAUGGCCUUAUGUUUGCUCCUCAACUUCUUCACUUGAAUUUUGUGUCAUUUGAAGAGCUCACAUAGCUUCAGAGAUUUGCUCUGCUAAACUGUUUUUGAAAACUUGGUAAUUUUCAAUUAGGUACAAAAGUCUGAGACUACAUUGAAAAUCUGGGAUUUUUCUUUCUUUUCAUUUAAAUAAUAAAAAAAAAAAAGAUUCAGAUUUUUAAACAACUUUAAAACAAGGAAACAAUGUAGUGGGAAAAUGUAUAAGACUAGGUAACUAAUCAAGUACAUUUCAGACAUCAGUCUUUGUACAGAGAGUCAGAUAUUCUUCCAUUGAAGCUCAAGGUGAUUUUUGAAUCAUACUCAAAUCAUACUGGAGAACAUGAUUAUCAUGUCACAAACUUCCUGGUGUCAUUAAAACAAAACAAGGACAAACCAAAUACAAAUAUUUUUCAUAUUCUUGUUGAUUUUUUCAAUUCAGAUUUUAACUCCGAUUGUUUUUUUCUGAUCAUAUAAUUUGUAAUGGAAAAAAUAAAUAUGCAUUUUCACUAGUCGUCUCUGACUUUUUGGACCCCAUUGUCCAAUGAUUGGAAAUUAAUUAUAUAUGUAUACUUUCUCAGAGUGCUGUGUUGUUUUUGAAGUGACAUGUGAUACAGGGAGGUCAAGACGUUUGAGGAAAAUUCUAUGCAAGUGCUCCUGUGAGCAGUAAAA